UUAGAAAAAGUCGUUUCUAUCUGCUGCUGAAGUUUCGUAGAAAACCACACACUACUCGUCUUGACUGGUUUCAGUUGACCGUGCCUCUCUCAUCAAUCACUCUUCCUUCAUUACUAUAAAAAGAUUCAAACAAUCAUCUUCAUUUCAUAACUUCAUUUCAAUUUGAAAUAUCAUCUCUUCCUUAAACUUCUAUUACAAUUUGCAUCAAGAGUUGUUCGAUUCUUGCUUAUAGCUCUCAUCUCAUAUAUCACAAGCUUCCAUAACAAUGAUGAAACUUGUGUUAAAGUUGGAAAUAAAUGAAGACAGAAUCAAGCAAAAAGCUAUGAAAGCAGUCUCUGGCAUUUCAGGGGUUGAAUCUGUUUCAAUGGACAUGAAAGACAAGAAACUAACUUUAAUAGGAGAUAUUGAUCCUUAUAAAGUAGUGGCCAAGCUAAGGAAGUUUUGUCAUGCGGAAAUAAUCUCUGUUGGACCAGCUAAAGAGGAAAAGAAAGAAGAACCUAAAAAGAAGGAAGAUGAUAAGAAAGAUUCAACAAAAAUAAAUAUUAUUGAUCCAUUCAUGUUCUAUGGAACACAUGCUUAUUAUAAUCAUCAGAUGAAACAACAAUACAAUCCUUAUUACGGUGCUGUUAGCGUUGAAGAGGAUCCUAAUAGCUGUGUCAUCAUCUAAGUUUUCUGUACUAUGUUUGAUAAAAAGUUAAUCUGAAAAGUUGUUGUAUAUGUCUUUCUUUUUGUUUUGUAAAAGUAGUAUAUUGAUUAUGUAAUAUGAGGCUUGCAAGACUAAUCUUAUACUAGUACAUUUUAUUUGUGUGAUAA